UGACCUAGAUCGACAACUCUGAUCAUGUCUGCCACCACCAACAUCAUCAACUGCCUGCUGACUCAGACAUGUGAUUCUCAGCCAACGUCAUGCCACGUGCUGCUACUCCCUUUAUCCUUUUCACAUUAAUCUCAAAGUUCAAUAACAUUCAUACCUGCCCGAUACUAUUCAUGAAAUAUACAGCAACUUCCUAUGGACCACAAGUGGUGCAGUAUACCCAUGAUAGAGAUGAUGCCGGCCAAUCCUUCAGGCAAUACAUUUGUCCUCCGCAGAAUCACCCGCUCGGAUCACCUCCGAAGCUUAGUCUACAUUAGCAGUAUAUAUCACUGUAGCCACCAGAAUAUACUACCUACGCAUAAAAC